CGCUCGUUGUGCUGUUUUUCACCAAACUGCAAAGAUGUUGAGGGGCUCUCGUCUUGCUCGGUCCUCUGGGCCCCAGCUGGCGACGACGUUGGCAUCCCGCCUUCGUUCUGCUGAGUCUGUUGCUCAGAUCCCUGUCCGUUGUGCAGCUGCUGCCGCCCAAAGCAAGGCUGGUGCUCCUGCUAAGGGUCGAGUUGUUUCUGUUAUCGGUGCUGUUGUGGAUGUCCAGUUCGAUGAGGGACUCCCACCGAUCCUCAAUGCACUUGAAGUGCAGGGCCGUGAGUCCAGGCUUGUCCUGGAAGUAGCCCAGCAUUUGGGAGAAAACACUGCCCGAACCAUUGCCAUGGAUGGUACUGAGGGUUUGAUUCGUGGUCAGCCCGUUGUCGACUCUGGUGGUCCCAUCACCAUUCCAGUCGGUGCAGAAACUCUGGGACGAAUUAUGAACGUCAUUGGCGAGCCAAUUGACGAGCGUGGACCAAUUAAUGCCAAGGCGUCCGCUCCCAUCCAUGCUGAGGCUCCUGAAUUCGUUGACAUGAGUGUUGAGCAGGAAAUUCUGGAAACUGGCAUCAAGGUCGUGGAUUUGCUGGCCCCCUAUGCCAAGGGUGGUAAAAUCGGCCUUUUCGGUGGUGCUGGAGUAGGCAAGACUGUGUUGAUUAUGGAACUGAUCAACAACGUCGCUAAGGCUCAUGGUGGUUAUUCUGUAUUCGCUGGUGUUGGAGAACGUACUCGUGAGGGAAACGAUCUUUACCAUGAAAUGAUUGUAGGAGGCGUCAUCGUCCUGGACAAGCCAGGCUCGAAGGUCGCCCUCGUGUACGGUCAGAUGAACGAGCCCCCGGGAGCCCGUGCCCGUGUUGCUCUGACCGGUCUCACCGUCGCUGAGUACUUCCGUGACAAGGAAGGCCAGGACGUGCUGCUGUUUAUCGACAACAUCUUCCGUUUCACACAGGCCGGUUCCGAAGUGUCUGCCUUGCUCGGUCGUAUCCCGUCCGCUGUCGGUUACCAACCUACAUUGGCCACUGACAUGGGUUCUAUGCAGGAGCGUAUCACCACCACCAAGAAGGGAUCUAUCACAUCUGUCCAGGCUAUUUACGUGCCGGCUGACGAUUUGACUGAUCCUGCUCCAGCCACCACCUUCGCCCAUUUGGACGCCACCACUGUGUUGUCCCGUGGUAUUGCUGAGUUGGGUAUCUACCCCGCUGUCGAUCCUCUCGACUCUACCUCGCGUAUCCUCGACCCGAACAUCGUCGGUAAUGAGCACUACUCCAUCGCCCGUUCCGUGCAGAAGAUCCUCCAGGAUUACAAGUCUCUCCAGGAUAUCAUUGCUAUCUUGGGUAUGGACGAGUUGUCUGAGGAAGACAAGCUCACAGUGUCCCGUGCACGUAAGAUCCAGCGUUUCCUGUCCCAGCCCUUCCAGGUGGCUGAGGUCUUCACCGGCAAGCCCGGUAAGUUCGUACCGCUUGUGCAGACCAUCAAGGGAUUCACGUCUAUUCUCAAUGGUGAGCUUGACCACAUCCCACUGCCUGCUUUCUUCAUGGUUGGACCUAUUGAGGAGGUCUUCACCAAGGCUGAGCAGCUCGCACAGGAGACUGGCACAGCAUAAGCUUGUCGUCGCGUCGUACCACCAUUGCCUUAUUAUUAUUCUGCUCUGUACAAAUUGUUUUCGUGUGAAGACGGCAAGAGUCAAUUUUCUCACUGUCGAGUUUGUAGCCAUGUUUUGUGAUUCAUUGUCUCUUUUUUUGCUUUUCCGUUUGCAUUUGAUAUGCAUACGCCAGUCCAUAUCUAGCUCAGCUUUCGCUGAAUGAAUGCCAGCUAAUUUAACUUUUUAAAUCAUUCAUGAAAGGUUUAAAACAUUAA